GCUUCACUCUUUCAGCGAUAUCCGUGUACGCUCUUUCCGGCUGCUUGUGUCUCUCGUUCCCUGUCUGCUCUCUGACGCAAACGACGGCGCUUCUCAAGGUGCGUUGCCCGGCCUCCGCAGCUUGGUUGCAUUCCACCGAGUGGAUACGCUCAACACCACACACACACACACACAUAUACACGAGCAGCACCACCAAGGCUGGCUAUACAAUGGGUGCUAACCAUGACGCAGCCAACACGAUCCUUAAUCACCACUCUGGACAUCUCAGCCAUCUGCACGCCAUCGACACGCCGUAACGACGACUUACCCAGAUAAUUUCACACCCGACACCCAACAUGAUGAAUAUUAAACACCUCACUGCGCGCGACGAUGGCCUCACCACCACCCAUGUUGCGCUCCUCGUCUCUGUAAUGAUGCUCGUCCUGAUUGGAUUGUGCCUUAUUGGCGCGCUCUGGUUUCUCCGAAGCAUGCGCAGGGCGAGGAAACAGGCAGAGGCAGACGCACAGCUUCCCCUCUAUGAGAAACGACAGUCGCAUCAGAAUCGCCUGACCAUCACCACAAUGCCGUACAAGGGCCGCGAUUCCGUCGUCGUCUUCUCGGAAAAGGAAGUCCUGAUGAACGACUCGCCUACCACACCCACUAGCCCAGUGCCCGAGAUCCGCAUCACAUUCCCCGACGAAGUCGACGAAGCUGGCAAGCGACAAUCUGGACGCGUUGUUGUUGUCCGUGUUGGAGAGCACAGCGUUGGACUGGAGCCUGUCAACGACGACCUCCCGCCCUACCAGCGCGACGCAUCAGACCGCUUCGACUCGCUCGACCUCGACCGCAUUGGAGGCUUGAAGGAGAAGGACAGCAAGUACUACUCAUAAGUUCGAGCCUCACGAUUCGCCCAUGCCCGGCCGGAUUGCAACGAAACGUCCGGCAGCCCGGGUUUUGCAGCCACUUGGCUAUGACCGACUUAUUUUGAUGACGGCUGUACCGCGCUGAUUUUCAGCAUUCU